GAUUUCACACGUAGUAAGCAAUGGUGUCAGAAGUGACAUCUUGCUUACUACUAUUCAUUGAUCACAUGAUCGGGACCUCACACAGAGGUCCCGUAUGACGAUCGGUGUUCCGCUGUGUCUGGAGGACACAACGGGUACCGGAUCGUGGUGCUGCGUGCAGGGGCGGACUGACCAUUUGGAAACUCGGGCACUGCCCGAGGCCCCGGAGGUCAGUAGGGGGCCCCAUGAGAUGCCCCUGGUACCUUUUUCAUAGGUUUUUUUGAAUUUGGGCAAGGACACAGGGGCCCCAUGAUCCCCUAUUGCCCGGGGGCCCCAUGA